GGGAGAGAUACACACACAUACACACAGAUGGCGCGACCGAGGCCGAGAGACUACAAGGCUGGCGAUUUGGUCUUUGCCAAGAUGAAGGGUUACCCGCAGUGGCCAGCGAGGAUUGAUGAGCUCCCAGAGGGAGCAGUGAAACCGCCAGCAAAUAAAUAUCCUAUUUUCUUCUUUGGAACUCAUGAGACUGCCUUCCUGGGACCUAAAGACCUUUUACCUUACAAAGAAUAUAAAGAUAAAUUUGGAAAGUCUAACAAGCGAAAAGGUUUCAAUGAAGGUCUGUGGGAGAUCGAAAACAAUCCUGGCGUCAAGUUCACAGGAUAUCAGGCAAUACAGCAACAGAGUUCCUCAGAGACAGAAGGAGAGGGAGGAAAUACAGCAGAUGCCAGUAGUGAAGGUGAAGGGGGUGAAAUAAUAGAUGAGGAGGGAAAAGCUAAAAGCAGAAAUGAAAAAGGAGGCUCCAAACGAAAAAAAGCUGCUUUUAAGAAAUCUGCAAAGCAGUUGCGGAAAUCCUCUGACCAGGAAGGCAAAGACGAAGGUGAUAAGGACGUCAAGGAGGAGGAAAGCAAGAGUGGCUCAGAAGCAGGAGAGGCAGACGGUGAUACAAAAAAUGUUGGCGAACAUCAGAAAAUGAAUGAAGAGACCUUGAUCAUCUGAAUCCUGGCCACUAAACAUGGAGGGUACACUUCUUGGCUGUCAAGUAUUGGAUAUUUUACAAACGAUCAUUCCUUCUGCCACUGUCGACAUCGGUUUGCAGUUUGUGCCGGCUUUUCUUCAUUGUGUUACUGAUUAUAGUUUUGUGCACAUGUCAGUCAGUAAAAACAAACAGAAAAUGUCUUUUAUUUUAUAUUCCCCUCCCAUGUGGAAUGUUGUGAGCAACAUCCCACCCCACCCCACCCCACCCCAACCCAUUUCACAGCACUUCAUUCUUAUAAUCGCCUUGCUGUUCCGUCAUUGAGAAAGGAUAUGAUAUUUAUUUUUGAUGCUUGCUUUAAAUGUGAAAAAUAACUUUUAUUCUCGUGUUCAGCUCAGUUUUAUUCUCCCUGUGCCAUCUGUUCUAUGGGAUUUUUUAAGCAUUUAUUUAGUAUCUUUACACAAAAAAAUGUCUGUUCUACGGCUGAUCAGAAAUGACUGCCUAGUAGAAUAAAAUUUAUGGAAUGCACAAA